AUGGUCGAGGCCGCAUACAAAUUUUUGAGCACCCCAAAAGUUCGCGAUAGCCCUUGGGAAGAGCAGAGAGGCUUCCUACUCGGCAAGGGCGUCACCGAGCAGGAAAUCGAAGAAGCAAAGCAAAGACUCCCGGUCCUUCCCGCUCAAAAUAUUGCAAUGCAACAGUAUCCACCUCCGUACCAACCUAACAAAGUGCGGCAAUUUGUGGAAUCGGCUGCGAUACUGUCCACGGCAGCAUAUGCUGGCUACCAUUUAUUACGUACCUAUGUCCUGCCCCGGUUUAACAUCCCCGAUCCGGCAACGGAAGAGGUGCGCCAGCUCCAACAGCAAAUCAACGAGCUGCAAAAUUCGAUGAAAUUUGUCAUCGAUAGUGUGUCGCAGCAGACACAGACACUCGCGAUGCACCAGGACGAGGUCUCCAAGGCUUUGCUGAUGGUAGGCGUCCGGCAGAAUGAAAUGGAAAGGGUCGAAAAUGGCAUCAGCACAAUCCGGAGUCUGCUCCUCAGCCACAACCAGUUCGCACCCGUGCGGGUCCCUGCCAUGACCACCACGAGUUCGGUCCCCUCAUGGCAGCGGGAACCUCCCAUCAACUUUGCCAAGCCGAAAAAUGACGCGGCAGAAGAGGAAAAGGAGAACGAGAUUCCAAAAGCCGAUGAUGAGGCCGAUGAAUUCCAGGACCUCGAGAGAUCGAGUCCGGUGAACUGGCAGAUGGCCAAGGAUUUCGACGACUACGAGAAGUGUGUAGCUGCCCGAAAAGAUGAGACUCGUGUGACGGCUGAGGUGUUAUUGGUUCGACAAGGUGCCGCAGCCCUAUUGAACUGCUAUCGAUGCCUCUACCCCGAAGACGAACUCUUCAUUCGACAAGUCUUCAAGCCCGGCAAAAGCCAUGGCGAGAAGAUCUUCCACAACUUUUUGACGCAUAUAAGAACGUUCGUUCUUGGUGCCAAUACCAAUCUGAAUCAAUGGAAAAACGAUUGGUUCUUUCUGGCGAACGGCGAUCACAUGUGGACCGAAAUCACACAGAACUUCAAAAUGAAGGGCAUCAGCGAGCUGCUGAAUAACAAAUUUUUCAAAAAGGCAUUUGGGCUUGCGUCGCGUGCCAAAUACCAUCAGGGAGACGGCUACGAAUUGCGGAUCGACAACGCGUCGAGGACGGACAUUGGCUUCUACAAAUGUGCGCGUACUCCGGGCAUGAGCGAGAUAGCGACUUCAGGCAACAUUGAGAGCUUGACAUUUCUCGACGUCUACACGAAUCGGGAGAGUAAGAUUCAGGAUUUCCUGGAUAAAGAGAACAUCACGAAAACCAAAGAGGAAAUUGCUAUGGAGGCGGAAUUCGAUGGUGUACGCACGUUUGCAAAGGCGACUCCUUGGUCUCGGUGCAACCGCUGCGGGGCGGUGAUAGGCGAGAUGGUGCGGACCGUGGAAUGCCAUGUGAUGCCGGUCACCCUGUCAAAUCUCUCGUCCGGCUGGGAGCACCUCCGCCUCUUCAAUUCCGUUCCAUGCGCUUCGAGUCUGGUGCCGCUCAGGCAUCGCAAAGAAAUCGGCCGUCACCCGAUCCUCUACCAAUUUCGCAGCUGUCAUAUACAUUGUGAUUCGAAGGAGCACGCCACUCGUGUUUUCCGAUCGAGAGAUCAAUUUGGGAAAGCGUCGUAUGUUGAAAGAAUCCCCGGUGGCGAAUUUAUUUUCGGCGAGCUUUUGCCACGCCUCCACCGCCAAGUUGUCAGGGAAAUUGUUGAGCCCUUCAACGGAGAUCAAUUGGUGCUUCCGUGCAAAUUUGACAAUGACCUCAUGGGAUACUACUGGGCUGGCAACUACAGUGGCCCGUUGACCGCUAGAGUACUACCGCAGAAGAAAAAUGAUAGGAUUUUUAUCGACGGUGACUUCAAUCUGGUAUUCAAGGAGGUGCUGUACGAGGAUGAGGAUGAAUAUAUUUGCGUGGAUGGGAAUGGCGAGCUCGUCGCAUUCUAUCAUCUCAACAUCAGGAAGACCCAGUUCGAGUUGGAGAUGAUCAAAAUAUCUCAGAUGGUCAUUCAGGUGUUCACCCUGCUCUUUGUGGUGGCCCUGAUUCUCGAUCUGGCCAGC